CAGCGAUAGGGAGGGGAGCACGUGUUUUUGUCAAAAUUUUAACGAUUGUGAUAUCUCUCUGAUGUAAAAAUACCGUUCACUAGCAGCUCAAAAAUAUUCUCGACCACAAGCAGAAGCAAAUAAAAAUUCGUAUGCGAUAAUUAACGAGAAUGAUAUGCCUUCAUUUUCAAUUCAGCGGAAAGAGAAGGGAAUUGCCACAAACUGUUACGAAACUGCAGGGCUAUUUGACGAGAGUAUUGUAUCUCGGAUUGAUUCAGUCUCCACUGGCACAUCGAUUAUCUCACUUGUGGAUUCAUUUCAAGAACAUCUCCCUUGAAGAAUUCAGUAAUUAUGCCCUCAGAGCUACUGCCAUUCUUCUCGAAAUACUGGCAUUACGUAAUUCUCGGUAUCGCAUCGUACUGCCUCGUGAAUUUUCUGUGGAACCGUAAAAAAAAAAGUGAAUGUGAGAAUGAGAAUGAGAAUGACGAGGAUAUUUUUGAUAAAACUGCCGACGAGGAUGACCUACCUGCACUACCCAAGGACCUAGAGCAUAUUUCCUUCGUCUAUGACAGACCAAGCGAGGAGGAAAUGAAAAAACGGUCUAGGGAAUUCUACGCAAUUUCCAAUGCACGCAGGACCAUCAGGUUUUUUAGUCCUGAUCCGGUGCCAAUCGGUGUUAUCCAUGACAUUAUUGGAGCAGCCGGCACUGCACCGAGUGGUGCUCAUACCGAGCCAUGGACAUUCGUUGUCGUUUCUAAUGACAAGAUGAAAGCGAAAAUACGAGAGAUCGUUGAGAGGGAGGAGCAGCAGAAUUAUUUAAAGAGAAUGGGAAAAAAAUGGACAAGAGACUUGACGCCACUGAAGACUAAUUGGGUUAAGGAUUAUCUUACCGUCGCUCCAUACCUGAUUUUUGUUUUUAAACAGACUUAUGGGAUUUUACCUGAUGGAAGAAAAAAGAAUCACUAUUAUCAUGAAAUGAGUGUUGCUAUUGCCUGUGGUGUAUUACUCACAGCUAUCCAGUAUGCCGGACUGGUUACACUGACGUCCACGCCUCUCAACUGUGGACCUGCAUUGCGAUGCCUUCUCGGUCGACCCCCUCUGGAAAAACUCUGUCUGUUACUUCCGGUUGGAUAUCCAGCUAUUGACGCGACUGUACCAAAUCUCCACAGGAAGCCACUCGCUGAUAUUCUAGUCGAGUUUACCUAAACUACCCCAUCAAACACUUUCUCAUUCCCAAUAUUAAAAACUGACAGUUAGUAGAAACUAAUCAUUUAUUAGCAAUUUGCGUACAAUCAUUGAAAAUAAGCGAUAUAAAAAAUCGAAUUCUGAAUGACCAAUAAUUAUCAACUCAAAAUACAAUGUCGGUCACAUGAUUAAUCCAUCAAUUAAUCUCUAAAUUCAGGUGAUUAGUUUUAAUGUACAAUUCCAUUAUCCAAUCUCAUUUUUUUUACUUCAUUUGCAACUUAACUUAAGUACACUCCAUGUAUAUAAAAUAUAAAAAUACUGAGCUGAC